AUGCUUGGGGCCGAGGGCGCCCUUAAAUUGCGGUGUGUUGUGGUGUGCGGCAUUCUGCGCCAGCCGAGUCCGUGGCGCGAGAGGCGAGCGCGCCAGCGGGGACGCGGCAUCGCCGCCCGCACUGCGUGGCUGCUGAAUGGCGGUGUGGGCGAGAGUUCUGGUCCUUGCCUGCGGUGGAGCGUUGUGGGACUCGCUCAGGCGAAGCUCGGUUGCCGCCUCACCCAAGCAGGUAGUUUCGGCAAUGCGGCGUUGCUCGCGCUCGUCGAGGCGGCGGUGUGCCUAUUCUCACCUGCGGUGAGUUGUGGGUGGCGGCUGGAAAGGAGCUGGCGGCGUCACCGCACCAUCGCAUUUGGCGCGUGGAUUGUGGGGGGCAAUGGCGCGUCCGCCGAGCCACCGAGGCCGUCUUGA